UGGGGGUUGACAGAGAAUGACACUGCAAAAGGCUUGAGCAAGGGUCUGCUGCCCCGCAUUUCCGGGGCUUUUCUGCCGGCCAUUACGGUCCUCAGGCCUGCGGUUCCAUUCCUCACCGCCUUCUCAGCUAUGUCCCUAUCGCCUCAGCAUUCCCGACGACCAUACGAGGCUCGAUCAAUCAUUUCCCUAUUCCAGAUCACCAACAUACUGCCAAUCCGAGUUCCGAAACAUACUACGCCAAGGCAAACAUGUCUGACAACGUCGGCCUCGCGACCCCGCGCGGCUCCGGCACGUCGGGGUAUGUCCAGCGCAACCUGGCGCACAUGAAGCCACGCGACAUGGCGGCGCCCUACAUGCGGCGAGACCCCGAGACCCUACGGCACAAGCAACGCCAACCAGAUAAGGGCCUGCUGGACCACGAACGUAAGCGGGAGGUCGAGGUGAAGGUGUUUGAGUUGAGGGACAAGCUCGAGGAGGAAGGGGUUGAGGAAGAGGAGAUCGAGUCGAAAUGCGACGAGUUGCGCAAGAAGCUGCUCGCUGAUCUAGAGAAGAAGGGAGGCGCUGGGGUCGGCCCAGCGCCUAGAAGGACCUUCAAGAUGCACCAGAUCCAUGAGCAAGCCGAGGCCAAGAUCAAGGAAAGCGAGCGGCUGAGACAGGCGCUGAAGAUCAGUAAAGACUAUGAGGAAGGGAGCCAUUGGCGGAGGCAGGAAGAGAGAUUGAAGAAGGCGCUAGAACAGGAGGCAGCAGGGGAGAAGGAUGAUGCGAGGAGCGAAAGGGAUAGGGAUAGGUAUUGAUUGCCGGGAGAUACUGGGGUAAAAGAUUCGGUUUGGACUUGUACUCUGCAUAUUGGGAGCGCAUACGGAGGCGUUUUGGCGUCUUGGGGGAAUCUAGGAGUACCUAGGGCACGGGGAACAUGAUCUUAUGUCCAGACGCUCUUGCAAUGUAAGGUUCAAGUCCAGCUUGACAACGAGUGGAAUUCACCACUGCGGGAACAGGGCACGGCGGAUAAUAAGCCAUCAAUGACAAUUGCCAGUGGCCCAUGGUGGUGUGUGCCACCCUCCGCCCAACCAUUUGUUGCUUGCUACUGGCCUCAGGCUCGCCUAAG